AUGUCGAGAGCUGGUCCAGAAACAUCUAAAAGAUUGCAGAAAGAUCCAUCAUGUAUCAGAAACAUCUGUAUAUUAGCACAUGUGGAUCACGGUAAGACUUCAUUGUCAGACUCAUUGCUGGCAUCUAAUGGCAUUAUUUCACAAAAGCUCGCGGGAAAGGUAAGGUUUUUGGAUUCUAGGCCCGAUGAACAGCUCAGAGGUAUUACGAUGGAAUCUAGCGCGAUUUCUUUGUAUUUCAGGGUCUUGCACAAACAACAGGGUAAAGAAGAGCCUUUGGUAAAUGAGCACCUUAUUAAUUUGAUCGACUCUCCCGGUCACAUCGACUUUUCCAGCGAGGUUAGCACCGCCUCUAGAUUAUGUGACGGUGCUGUUGUGCUCGUAGAUGUGGUCGAAGGUGUUUGCUCGCAAACGGUAACAGUUCUAAGACAAUGCUGGGUUGAAAAACUCAAACCUGCGCUAGUGUUGAAUAAAAUGGACCGUUUGAUCACAGAGCUCCAAUUGAGCCCUCAAGAAGCAUAUUUGCAUUUGAACAAGAUUAUAGAGCAGGUGAACUCCAUCAUCGGCUCUUUUUACAACGGACAACGACUACUGGACGAUCUGUCAUGGCGAGAACAGCUCGAAGACAAUCAAGCGACCGAAUUUGUCGAGAAAGACGACUCGGACAUUUACUUUAAACCAGAAAACAACAACGUCAUUUUUGCAUCGGCCAUUGAUGGCUGGGGGUUCAACAUCGGACAGUUAGCCAAAUUUUAUGAACAGAAACUUGGUGCCAAGAGAGAAAACCUACAAAAAGUGCUUUGGGGUGACUUCUUCAUGGACCCCAAAACAAAAAAAUUCAUCAACAGCAAGGGACUCAAGGGACGAACUUUAAAGCCUUUGUUUGUAAGUUUGAUCCUCGAAAACAUAUGGAAAAUCUACAACAAUAUCUUGAUCGACAGAGACCCAGAGGUCCUGGAGAAAAUCACUAAUACUUUGAAUAUCAAGGUUCCACCAAGGGAUCUACGUUCAAAAGAUUUGAAAAAUCUACUGCGAACAGUCAUGGGACAAUGGCUUCCGGUCAGCUCCUCGGUUCUUUUAACAGUUAUCGAAAAACUGCCCUCGCCACUUGAAGCUCAAGGUGAGAAAAUUGAAAGAAUCAUAGGUACUGCACCUGGGCACGAAAUGAUUGACCCCAGUCUUCGGGAAGCUAUGGGACGCUGUGACAAGAACGGACCUGUUUGUGCCUUCGUUUCGAAAAUGAUUUCUGUUCCUAGAGAAGAGCUACCCUUGAAUGCUGGCGUCCAGUUAACCCCAGACGAGCUGAUGCAAAGAAGUCGUGAUGCGCGCGAAAGAGCACUUAAAGCUGCAAAGGCGGCCGAACAAGCGGAAAGUCUCAAGCAUGCUAGUAAAUCUGAAAAGGACGAUACCGGCAUGUACACUAGAGCACAAGAAACGACGGCAACACCCAGAUUGGAUGAGCAAGCAAAACCUGCAGCUCAGAAGCCUUCAUCAAACGACGAAUUCCAUAUUGUAAGCGAAGCCGCACCAGAGUUUGAUUUGGCGCUGGAUCUAGGUCUUGAAUACGAAUCGGAACCCGGUUCUGAGAGCGAGUCGCACGAAGACGGCGACGUUGAACCUCAGUAUAUUCCGGCGGAUAUUGAUGUGAACGAUCCACUAAGUUCGAUGUUCGAGUAUGAAGAAGAAGAUCCGUUCGAAACUGAUGUUCUAGAAAAGGAGGCCGACGAUGCUGAAGAGCUAUUCGAAGAAAGCGAUGAGGUGAUGAUUGGAAUAGCGAGGCUCUAUAGUGGCACUUUGAAGGUCGGACAAAAGAUAGCCGUCUUAGGCCCCAAGUACGACCCUCACAAUCCAACUGCUUUUGUUGAAGAGGUUGAAAUAACUGAACUUUAUAUUUUCAUGGGCAAGGACCUGGUACCACUAAAAGAAUGCCCACCGGGAAACAUUGUGGGUAUUGGUGGGCUAGCGGGGAAGAUUCUCAAGAACGGUACUAUUGUUGAUCCACUUGUUCAAGGUGCAAAUCUGGUUGGUGUAAAUCUUCACGUAACCCCCAUUGUCCGCGUGGCACUUGAGCCAACCAAUCCAACACAAAUGAACAGACUCGCGCGUGGUCUGAGACUGUUGUAUCAAGCCGAUCCUUGCGUUCAAACCUAUGUCGAGGACACAGGAGAACAUAUCCUUUGUGCUGCGGGUGAACUGCAUUUAGAAAGAUGCUUGAAGGAUCUGACGGAGAGAUUUGCUGGUAUCAGUAUUACUUCAUCAGAGCCCGCGAUUCCGUACAAGGAAUCGUUCUUGUCCACACCUGAUAUGAACCCUGCAAAAGACGCAGACCUAGGAAGAGGAACGUUCAAAACGUAUCUUGAUGAGUAUGCCUUGACGAUCAAAGCGGUACCCAUGCCCGAUGAGAUAACGCAACUUUUGCUUGAACAUGAACACGAAAUCAAAGCCAUUUCAGAGCGCAAGGAGAACAUGGCUGGCGUCGCAGAAUUCAGAGCUUCAUUGGACAAAUUAUUUUCAGACGCUGCCUCCAAAGACAAAAUCUGGUCGCAUUCUAGCAUAGACGUAUCUGCUUUUGGAGGCAAAAGAGUGGGUCCAAACAUUUUAAUCUCCAAUUGUGUGAAACUCGAAAAUUCUUCAAACGACUCUGGCGAACGAACUUUUGAGUAUGGAAGCUCUCUCAUCAAUGGGUUUGAACUAGCUGUUAACCAGGGUCCACUUUGCAAUGAACCGGUCCAGGGAAUGUGCGUUUUCGUAGAGGACAUACAUGAAAUGAGUGCCGAAGAGAUAGAAGAAUCGAACUUACAGAAUCAUCAGGUCGGAUUGCCCAAUUUUGCAGGACGCUUGAUCACGACAACCAGAGAUUCCAUUCAUGCCGCCUUUUUAGAUUGGUCGCCGCGGAUUAUGUGGGCAAUGUAUCAGUGCGACAUUCAGGCAUCUGUCGAGGUUCUGGGUAAAGUAUACGCGGUUGUACAGCAGAGACGCGGUCGUAUUGUGUCUGAAGAGAUGAAAGAAGGCAUCCCGCUAUUUCAAAUCGAAGCUAAGAUUCCAGUUGUAGAGGCUUUCGGCUUCAGCGAAGAUAUUCGUAAAAAAACGUCUGGUGCCGCUCAACCACAGCUAGUCUUUGCCGGGUUUGAAACUAUCGACCUGGACCCAUUCUGGGUCCCUACUACAGAAGAGGAGCUGGAAGAUUUAGGUGACACGGCCGAUAAAGAGAAUAUUGCAAGAAAGCAUAUGAACAUGAUCCGCAGGAGAAAGGGACUGUUCGUGAACGAGAAGUUGAUCCAGAACGCGGAAAAGCAGAGAACUCUGAAACGUUGA